AUGGCGGGCCGAGAGUUUGCGCAUGUCCAGCCGGACAACGCCGAAAUCGAGCGCUCCGUGCUUUCACAGGAGGUGGAGGCGCUGCGGAAUCGGUUGGGGCUGCGCCAAGUGGAUGUGUCGAAGGAAUGUGGCGUGAACGCCAGUAUGUUGUCCCAGUGGAUGCUGGGCAGGUACAAGGGCAAUGUUGGACGCGUGCAGAUUAACGGUUUGAUGGAGUCGUGGCUGAUUCGUCGGCGCGGAGGAAAGCCCAUGGACAAGGGCAUGAUGCCUAGCUCACCGAAGCUGAAGCGAAGGCUGGAGGAGAUAAACGAUCCUCUGCAAGCAGCCAGGAGAAAAGACAACAUGAUUUUGGCGCAACGGAAGCUGUAUAGCUAUCCCAAGUUCCCGACUCGCGAUUCAUUACUGAUCCCUAUUCGACUCGACAUAGACAUCGAAGGUUACCGAUACAUCGACUCUUUCUCGUGGAACCUCUACGAGAAGGACUUCACGUACGAGACUUUUGCUGCAGCGUUAGUGCGAGACUUAGACCUGCCGAACUGCUUUUACAAACGUAUCGCGAAAUCGAUUCAGGAGCAGGUGGAGAAGGCUCAGAAAUCUCUCCCAUGGAACGAGGCUGUCACAGGCGAGAGUUUACACCCGAUCUUUAUCAACCUGCGGCUAAACGAUACCAUCUACAUCGACCGUUUUGAGUGGGACCUUAACAAUUCAAACAACUCGCCCGAACGAUUUGCCCAGAUCGUUUGUGAAGACUUGGGUUUGAGUGGCGAGUUCGAAGCGCAAGUGGCUUUAUCUAUCCGCGAGCAGCUUCGCGACUACGCUAGACUUAUUCGAGAAGGAUUGAAAGAUCGAGUCAGUAGACUGCCACCAGUCACUGCAGCGUUCCGCGACCGGCUUGACGCUGAAACAUGGGGUCCUUCAGUGAAGUACAUUCUGGCAGAUGACAUCCCUCAACUCGAGCGCGAAGACUUUAAGCGGAUGAGACCGCUGUCACGUCCUACGAUCCACUUGACUCCGCCGCCGGCUCCAGUGGCGAAGCCUAAUCGGCCGCCCAAGCCUGUGAACACCUUUCUCAUGUUUUGCAGGCAAAACCGAAAGAAGAUUAUGGCCGAUCACCCUGCUACCAGUGCUAAAGAUGCAUCGAAAAUUCUCGGAGACAUGUGGCAAAAGUUGUCGGAGAAGGAACGCGCAAGCUACAUUCCGAUGACAGAGAUGGAGAAUCAGCGGCGCAUGAACGAGUGGCGCAUGAAGGAAAAUGCACUGAAUGGCAUCCACACGACACUGACUGGGGGCAUAGCAACUGCCACUGCAUCGGCCACAACCAGUCAGACCAACUUGGCUGCAAUUCCAGGAACUCCGAUGCUUCUAGCUCCUCGAAUCACUCCAAGUAUGGCUUCUCCAAUGGACGACGUUGACGAUGCGGAUGCUGAGGAUGAUGAAGACGAUGACGACGAUGACGAAGAUACCGCUAGUGCGACUGGCAUCGCCGUCUGAUAAAGCUGCAUCGAUCAGUCGUCAAUGCCGAGCGUUCCGAACAUCGCCA